AUGUCUCGCGUGCUGCACGCCGUGGGCAAGGCGUUGAGGGAGACGGGCCUGGCGCUGGACCGUGCAGGCGCUACCUUGCAGGGCUCAUUCGCUUUCAGGGAGGAACUGAGCCGGCACCGCUCGCUGGCUCCGCUCGGCGGCAAGAGCCCCAGCCUGGGGCUUGACGUGUUUGUGGCGCCCAGCGCAGCAGUCAUCGGCGAUGUGAAGCUGGGGGACAAUGCCUCCGUGUUCUACGGCAGCGUCAUCAGGGCCGACAGCGGCAGCAUCUCCAUUGGCGACAAGAGCAACGUGCAGGACGGGUGCGUCAUCCGCACUGCCAGCGCCUUCCUGUCGGGCCACUCGGCAGACACCACGAUUGGCCGCAUGGUGACGAUAGGGCACCAGGCCAGCUUGCACGGCUGCACCGUGGGUGACCGCGCGCUGAUUGGCAUGAACUCCACGCUGCUGGAGGGCUGCUCGGUGGAGGACGGAGCCAUGGUGGCGGCCGGAGCUGUGGUGGCACCAGGCACCGUCGUCAAGGCUGGGGAGAUCUGGGGAGGCAACCCGGCGGUGUUCCUGCGCAAGCUGAAGCCCGAGGAGGGCAAGUUCCUGCCAGAGUCUGCCAACCACUAUGCCAGGCUGGCGGCGGAGCACGCGGCGGAAACCACCAAGAGCCUUGAGCAGAUUGCGGCAGACAAGGGGCUCGUGGCGUGA